CGUUGUACAGAGGGCCUUGGGACGACGACGCAAGGCAACCCAGACACCCACCACCUCAUGGAUCUCAGGCCAUGACAUCAAACCACCAGGACGAGCGGAGGAGGCUGUCGGCCCAGUCGCAGCCACCACCACCACCGCCUCCACCCUUGGCCGCAUCGUCGUCAUCGUCCUCGACCCACAGCGCGACUCUGAUCCGCAACCCAAGAGACAACUCGUUGCGUGAGACAACUGCAAGAAGAUGCGAAUCAAGUGCGUCGACAAGGAGAACCCGCCGUGCAAGCGCUGCAAGAUGCGCAAGCUCGAGUGCACGUUCGACCGGUCGUUUGUCGAAGAAGACAAGGCGACACCAGCACCGAGGAAGCGUAGCCGCGCGGGCGUGAGCCCAGACGAUGACGACAGCAACGGCGGCCUCCAGGCCGAGGUCACGACGCUGAGGGAGCAGCUCGCCGAGAUGCGCUCCCUCCUGCAAGGCAUGUCACAGCAGCAGUCGCAGCUCGCGGCGGCGCAGGCGCAGACGCACACGCCGUCGUUCCCGCCGACGCCAGCGCCGCCCUCCCACCGGCCGUCGCUAGGUGCCCCACAGCCCCCGCCGCCGCCGUCGUACCCGAGCCGGUCGAACUCGGGGCAGCCGAUCGACUUCCAGAUCCUCUCGCCCGACACGCCGCACCUGCCUCUGCAGACGAGCCCGACGUUCGAGCCCAUGCUGCCGAGCACGAGCAACCACGGCCCACCGAGCGUGAGGCCACCGAUCGUCGCGACGCCGUCGUCAUCCUCCUUGGUACCGACCUACCCCCUGCCUGGGCCGCGGCGCAUGCGGAUCCCGAGCGCAUCGGACGAUGACCACACCAACAACUCUGCUGGCACGUCGCCGGUGCGCGGGUUCAACAACGGCGGCGGGUCCGGGCCGCCAAGUGUCCCGGCAUCGGUUCCCUCCGCCCCGCCGACCACCACGCCAGGCCCACCUGCGCCCGCGACCAACGGCCCGUCGACUUCUGGGCCGUCGACGGUGCCGUACAUCCCCGAACCGCCUGACUUCGACAAUGGCAACUGCGAGACGGACCAUUUCGAGUUUGAGAUCGACGACGGGCCGUAUGACGACAACCCACUCGAGGCGGCGGCACGCUCACAGCCAUACCGCGACAUGACGGUGCUUUCGGAGCGUGCAACACUGUUGGACGAGGGUCACCGUCUCGCGUUGACCUGGAUGGGUGGGAGAGAUCGCCGUGCAGUGGACAUUCUCGAGUCGGACAUGGUCAACCUCACGAGGGAGCGACUCACGGCCGUCUGGGAGGACUAUGGCACGUCGCACACCAACCCCAUCGACGAGGGAUUCUGCACCGAAGAGGAAGGGCGGGCAAUGUUUGAUCUGUUCAUGGCCAACAGCCACCCGUUCAUUCCAAUCUUUGACCUUGAGACGGACACGUUCGAGCUUCUCCGCAUGCGCUUCCCGUUCACCCUCACCGUCAUCAUCACAUUCAUGGUUCGCUGCCAGGAGGCCAACAAGGAGAUCUCCCUGCUUCACCUGCAGUGCAUCCAGCUCACCAAAGUCAUGACCAGCUGGACCAUGUUCUCGCCGAUCAACCAGCUCGACAGAGUCAGGGCCAUGUGCAUCAUGGGCUGCUUCAGCGACAUGCAGUGGCGCCGAAUCAACCACGCAAUGAGCAUGGCGAUGGAGAUGGACUUCCACAAUGAGCUCGCCGUGCUACUCAACCUGGGCCCAGGCUCUACGCGUUCCGAGAUGAGCAUUCGGCGCGGUGUCGGCGACAUCACAAAGCAACGCAUGGAAAUGGCCUUUGGUGAAGGCAGACCGGUGCCCUUCCUUGACGAGUCGCUCGACCACCUGCGUCACUUCCUCAAGUUGCCGUACACCACCGUCCUCGACAGCAGGUUCAUCGUCGCGAUCGAGUUUAUGCUCCCUAGGAUGACCCUCCACCGGGCGUGGUACCUCGACAGGAUCCGCGACGCACCACCGACACUGAUGGAGAUCCUCAAGGUCAAUGACAGCUUGGAGAGUCUGUACCACUACUGGUCCAAGUAUUAUGUCGAGAGCGGUGUCGGGAGGGACCACUUCCUCUUCCACCAGCUGGAGCUACAAAGAGCCAAUGCAAUCCUUCAGACCAACUCGCUCCUGCUCAGCGGAAUCUCGACGCGCUCCAUUCAGAUCAUGAGCGCGGAGCGCACGCGCCUGCUCAUCGCCGCGAUGGAGGCGGCCAACUUUAUCGUCUCGACCUUCAUCCGAGGCCCACACUCGGAGACUGUCCCCUUUGACGUCGGCACCGUGUUUGCCGCCCGUGCCCUCCUGCGCCUCGCGACGCUUAUGCCCGAGCACAGCGACCAGUACAGAAUCGGCGCCGAUCUCGACGUGCUAGUCCGACAGCUACCCGCAAUGCCAGGCUAUCCGCUCGCGCCGCUGCUCAGACGCCUCGUCCUCAAAGCGCGGCGCUCAGGCGUGCUGCCAUGGCCGCUGCAGGACGAUGACGCCGCUCCGCCUCCUCCUGCCCCAGUCACGCACAGCGCAGGCCACACGGCGACGCUAACAACCCCGGUCGAGACCGAGUCGCGCACCGAUGUGUCAGACUUGUUUCCUGCCGCUGUCAAUGAGCACCUCCAGCCGUCGCCCAGCGGUGAGAGCCAUGGUAACCGGCUCACCGAGGUGAUCUUCUCGGCGGCGCAGCUGUGGCCUUUGGCCGAGGGCAUGGACCUUGGGGGGUUGGAGUAGGGCGGGGCGCCCACGCCGAGAAGCAAGUAUCGAAGCCGGCAUGUGCACUGUAUGAACCAAUGUAUCGCUGUUGC